AUGAUAACACGGUUUCUUUUUGCAGCGUGUUCUUUAAACACCACUCUGAAUGCUUCUUUGUCACCUGUGGAAAAUAACUUCUCUAGUCCCAACUGGCCACAGGGAUACCAAGUGAACACGACGUGUGGAUGGUACAUCACGGCGUCCAAGAAUCAUAUCGUGGUGCUUCGCCUUACAUACGCGUUGAACACGGACACAGUAAAGGUUUACGAUGUGGACGGUGCUGAACUCAGUCUUAUCAACAGUUUUACUGGGGGAGGCCAGGGAUCUAGACAAACAACCACAGUGUAUUCCAAGUUUCAUGGAUUGUACAUCUUGCUCGACAGUGACAAUAAAACAAGUAAAAAAGAGGAAGGAAUAUUUGCAUCCUACACUGCCAUUUCUCCAGCUCUCCACUGUUCAUCAGGAAACUCCCUGGACGAGAAUCACAACAUCGUGUUGAAAGAUCCCUCGGGGGUUUUAGAGACUCCUGGGAACCCCAAUCGUUUGUGUUACUGGAAGAUAAUUGCUCCUAAAGGAAGAAUUCUGCGGGUUGAGGUUUUAUCAAUUCAGCUUUCUAUGUUGGAGUGCGUUGAAAUUGUCUUUAAAUUGAAUAAGCGAAAUCCUCCGAGUGCGAAGCUAUGUGAACAAUCAUAUCCUUCGUUCGUUCUUUACUCGUUGACAAACGAGCUUGGCAUAAAGUACCAACACUAUGGCAUACCAACUAGUUAUGGCUUCAGAGCAAACUACACAACCAUACUUCCAGAUUCAACUGGCUUUUGUAUACCGGGCAAAAACAGUACAAUCUACAUGAAGGGCGAAGGAAUGGCCAUUGCAAGUCCGGAAUCAUACGGGGACCGUAAAAAUGAUAGCUGGUGUAACUGGAAUAUAUCCGUACCCCUUGGGAACUUCAUAAAGCUGACAUUUUUGUCAUUUACUGGAGUCUGUCUCAUCGAAAACAAGGUCAAGGUUUAUGACAUGACAAAUUCCACAAAAAUUCUUCUCGGGGAAUUCUGCGGGUUCAAAAAGAGUAACAGCGAGGUUUUCUCCAGAGGGAACAAUUUGGUGAUCACCCUUCCAAUUUUAUCACAAGAACCAUAUGUCGGAUUUUUGGCCACAUACCAAUCAGUCCAAGCCGUACCUGCAUCAUACGCUUGCAAUUUUGUUAAGUACAUGAAGGGUGAUGUAACAGAAUUAAACGGUACUAAUGGUGAAUUCGCUAGUUACCAGUAUCCGCUGCCCUACUCCAACGACGUCCGCUGUUCCUGGAAGAUAGAAGUCCCGGUUGGUUUUAUUGUAAAUGUGACUUUUCAUGUAUUUGAUUUACAAGAAUCUCCCAACUGUAAGUCAGACUUUGUUGAGAUCAAACAGGGAUUGUUUCAUUCGGUGGGACGAUUUUGUGGUUUUAUGGCAUCCGAGGUGAUUCAGGUGAAGAACUGCGUGGUUUACGUGGAUUUUGUUACAGACAGCUCUGAAAGAUACCCAGGAUUCCAUGCAAGCUACACAGCAGUCCCCGAUCCGGCCAUGGGACCCUGUAAAACUCAAGGAAUAGGAAACGUUAUUCCCCUGACUGGAAAAGCUGGAAGACUAUUUUCGCCCCUAUAUCCAGAGAAAUUUCCACAAGAUAUGGAGUGUACUUGGAUUAUAACAGUUCCGGAAGGACGAUUCGUGAGGUUGAGAAUAACAUCCUUUGAUUUAGGAAAUGAUGAUUGUGCUAAGACUACCCUAGAAAUUUGUGACGGUCAGAGUUCUUCCAGUGAAUUACUUAAGACUUUCUGUGGAAGUUCGUUUGAGUCCUCGGUGUUUUCCAGUGGUCGCUACCUCUGGGUUCGUUUUCAAUCCGCAAAAGAUGACUCCCUGAAAGGAACUGGAUUUGAUGCUUCCUUUGAGAUGAUCAGCCAAACACCAGCUCCCUUUUCCUGCACCGCGCACGACCAAAAGUUCUUGUUAACGUCCAAGACUGGAACAUUGGCCAGUUAUAACUACCCUCUACCAUGUGACGACUCUGUCGAGUGCAUCUGGCACGUGAACGUCAAUUCAAAUUCCAAAAUUAAGCUGACCUUCCAAUUAUUCAAUCUGUCCCAAGCGAAGAAUUGUACUGAGGACUAUGUAGAGGUGCGAGAUGGACCAUCCAACACAAGCGACCUCAUAGGGAGGUAUUGCGGACCAGCAAAACCCUCGGCGGUAACUGCGGGUGGCUGGCACUUGCACGUGGCUUUUAAAUCGAGUGGAAAGACGAAAUAUCCUGGAUUCAAGGCCAGCUACGAAACGACAAAAAUAAAAUCGUCGCUGAGUAGUGCAAAGAUCGUUGCGAUUUGUCUUGGGGUGUUCGUUUUCCUGUGUAUCGCAAUUGGAUGUUCUCUAACUUUUUACAAGAAAAGACGAAACAAAGCUUGGCCCUCCCUCGUCGUGGAAUAUUCUGACAACUCCGGCUGUGUCAUGGAGAACCUAAGGAAAUAAAACCCACUGGCCUUGGACAUUAUAAUUUAUCUUCUUUUAGCAGUUAUUCCUAGUGGAGUCAUCGGAAAUAACACAAGUUCUGAGAAAAAUUCUCGUGCAUUCCUCCCGUUUCAAAUAACUACAGAUACUUAACCAGUUGUAAAUAUGUAAAAUACCAAACUGAACGAUUUUACUUACGUACUGUUAAUUUCCUUGCCUUGUUCAAUGUUUAUUGGCGUAGCACCACAACUAAUGUUACUGUGGUAACAAACCUGACAAAUCCGAUUCCAGGAAACGUUUAAAAGUAAUCCCAGAGACAGCCUUGUUUAUCCUGGUGUCUUUUUCAAGUCCUCAGCAAUGAAUGGCUUCAUUGAAUUUACCCUGUUACCCUCCAGAGUAUUAAGCAUCCAAGAUCUUAUAAAAGUAUCACCCUUUAAUCAAACAGUGUAAAGGUCACGAACUAGAGAAGUUCUUGAUUGUUCAACAAAUUCUCCUUAUCAGCCAGCGCCAUAGGAAAUAAAUGGAGAACAGUAUAGAGACUAUGCAAACUGAUCUAGGGUGUUAAAGGUCGAGUUGGCAUCAUUUUUCAGUUUCCUUUAAAACU